UGGUUUCUUACAGUCAAAGCCCGUUGUCGGAGAGGGGGGGAUGUCCUGCCCUGUCCGGCCCAGCAGGUUUGGGUGGGGUCUGGCGCUCCGUGACGCACCACCACCUCCCUCUUCUCUGGAACUCGCGGUUAGGCUUUCGAGAAAAGCGCGACCUAGGUGGUGUUUUAAAAAUUCGACAAAGCGGCCAAGUCACAGUUUGGGCCCCGCUGGACUUUUAAUCGGAGAAAGGCCCUUUCAGAGAAGACUGACCUGCCAUGGCUCGGGUUCCGCAGGCAGGCAUCGGCUUGCUGCUGCUCGUAAUGUUCCUGGUUUUCAAAAAUCCAGUGGAAUCAAAAGAGGAAGUGCAACUGCAGAGGCGAAAAAGAGAGUGGAUCAUUCCUCCUGUCAAAAUCCCAGAGAACGAGGACUACACAAAGAGAGAAUAUAUUGCCAAAAUUCGUUCUGACCACGAGACUCCUACACGCCGAGUGACGUAUGAAAUUAAAGGGAAAGGAGCUGAUCAAGAACCUUUCAACGUCUUUAUUGUUGAUAGGAACAAUGGCAAUAUUAGAGUCACAGCCAUCCUGGACAGAGAGCAAAUUGCAGUUUACAAUCUCACCGGAAUUGCAAAAGACAUGUCUGGAAAUGAAGUGGAAAAGGACAUUGAACUUCGUAUUUCCGUUGAAGACAAAAAUGAUUGUCCCCCUGUGUUUAAAAUGAAUCAGAUCGGAGAAAUUUAUGAACUCAGUCCAAAAGGUGCCAGUGUCAUGCAAGUAAUUGCUACAGAUAACGAUGACCCUGCUACUAUCAAUGUGGUGAUUAAAUACAGCAUCUUGAGCCAGUCCCCACCAGAUCAACAGAUGUUUGAAAUAAAUGAAACAACAGGCAUGAUUUAUGUUAAAAAACCUACCCUUGAUAGAGAAGUCCAAGAUAGCUAUACUUUAAUUGUACAAGGUACCGACAUGAAUGGAGCCAUCAAUGGCAACGCUGGAACGGGAAGUGUUGAAAUUAAAAUCCUAGAUGUCAACGAUAAUGUUCCUACGCUGGAGAAAGAAGAGUAUGUUGGCAGUGUGGAAGAAAAUACAGAAAAUGUUGAAAUCAUGAGGAUAAAGGCCUUGGAUAAAGAUCUAGAAUUCACAGAAAACUGGGAGGCAGUGUUUGACAUUGUGUCAGGAAAUGAAGGAGGUUACUUCAGUAUCGUGACCAACUCUAAAACUAAUGAAGGAAUCUUAAUGCUGCAUAAGGCACUAGAUUAUGAAGAAAUGCAAAAUCUCGAGCUUGGAGUGGCUGUGAGGAACAAGGCAGCUUUUUAUGGCUCUGCUGCAUCAGCAUUUAGUUCAUCGAUGAAAACCUAUCCCAUUAAAAUUCAAGUGAAAAACCAGCCCGAGGGGCCCAGGUUUAAUCCAAAGGUGAAGGCUAUCUCCAUUUCCGAGGAGAGCAAAAAAGUGAUGAUCAAUACUGUGAUCGCGAAAUAUCCAGCUGUCGAUGGAGAUACCGGAAAACCAGCUGAAAAAGUCAGAUAUGCUAAAGGACUUGAUCCCGACAACUGGCUGACAAUUGAUGAAAAGACGGCAGAGAUCAAACUGAACAAGCUGCCGGACCGGGAGUCUAAAUACUUGACUAAUGGCACAUACUAUGCAAAAAUCUUGGUUAUGACUGAAGAUAUGCCUUCCAAAACCGCCACUGGUACGAUUGCUCUCCAGGUGGAAGACUCCAAUGACCACUGUCCAGUUCUGACCAGUACCUCCCAGGUUCUGUGUACUGAGAGCAGAGCUGUGUUUGUCACAGCUGAGGAUGGAGAUGCUGAUCCCAAUGGGCCUCCCUUUGAGUUUGAAAUCAUUCCUGAAGGUACCAAGGGCACAUGGAGAGCUGAAAAACUCAAUGACACCACUGCAAUCCUGCGAGCCCAGGACAACCUGUGGCCUGGCUCAUAUGAAGUUGCUGUGGAGGUGAAAGACCAACAAGGACUAUCCUGUCCUGAUAAGCAGGUUGUAAAGGUAGAUGUCUGCACCUGUGACAAGGAACAGACUGCCUGUGUCAGUGCAAGGAAAACAACAGGGGCUGAACUUGGAGCAGCAGGCUUUGGACUGCUAAUCCUCGGAUUCUUGAUGAUGCUGUUGGUGCCUCUCCUGCUGCUGUUCUGCUCUUGUGGCGGGCUUGGGGUCGGAGGAAAAGGAGGGGCUUUUCUUGACAUGCCUUUUGACACCAAAGAGCAUUUGAUUGCUUAUCACACAGAGGGACAAGGCGAAGACAAGGCAGUUCCCCUUCUUACUGCCCCUGUACAGAUUAAGACUGGAGGAUAUCAAGUCGGCAGUGGACUGAUGACGGCAGGGGCGGGGGCAAUGACAGGGGCAGGGGCAGGGGCAAUGGCAAUGACAGGGGCAGGAGCAGGAGGAAUGGCAAUGGCUGGGGCAGGAGCAGCCAUUUCUACAAAGGAGUACAUAAUGGCGGUUAACAAUGCCCAGGAGUCUCGGUACGGCUUCUACGCUAGAGGCGGUAGCCGGUACGAAGGAGACAUGAUGUACAGGGGAAGUUCACAUGCCUUCGCCUCGGGGUUUGAGUCUCGCGAGAGUGCCUACGACAGCAUGGCACUUCCGGAAGGUUAUCUGGAGGAAUACUACAUGAAGAAGGUAAUGUACAUGGCCGAGGAAGACCAGAUUCAGAAAGAUGGCUUACUGAUUUAUGACUUUGAAGGACGAGAAUCCCCUGUGGGUUCAGUGGGAUGCUGCAGUUUCAUUGAAGGAGACGAUGAUUUGGAGUUCCUGAACGACCUGGGACCCAAGUUUAAGACCCUUGCUGAGAUCUGCACGGGUGACAAAAUGAAAUCAGAAGUUUUGGUCACUCCACCCAUGCCUACGGUCCAGGAUGUGGCUGUAACUCGCACAGAGAUCAAGAGAGAAAACACUGUGACAACUGAUGCUGUGAGACCUCAGCCCAGCCCAGUUCCUCAGCCCCAGAUCCAGAAAAACGUCGUCACUGAGCAGUAUUCUUCCACCACUCUCCCAGCCAUGCACCUCCGAGAAAAUGUCGUAGUUCCCAGUCCCGCAUAUGUCAUCCAACAGCCUGUCUAUUACACUACCACCCCAGUGGUUCAACCCACUCGGUACAUUGUGGAGCCGCAGGUCCACAACACCAUGCUCUUCUCAGAAAGGCCAGCUGCUCCUAAUGUGCAGGGUGUGCUGCUGCUGAAUGAAGGCUCAGGCUCUGAGAAGGUCCUGUUUCAGGAGAAGAGAGUGGUGUCUGGAUCUGCUGUGCAGGGCGGAGCACUGGGUGUCCUCCAUGGCACCUUGAACAGGAGUGAAAUCCCUGGCUCUCAGAAUGUGGUGUUAGUGGAGACUAGGGCUGGAUCGGGGCAGUUUGUGCAGGAGGGCAUUGCUGGGUCUAAUCAAGGAGCCGUGCACAGGGUUGGACUGCCAGGGUCACAGAAUGUGGUGUUAGUGGAGAGGAAGGCAGGAUCAGGGCAGUUUGUGCAGGAGGGGGUUGCUGGGCUUAAUCAAGGGGCUGUACACAGGGUUGGACUGCCAGGGUCACAGAAUGUGGUGUUUGUGGAGAGGAAGGCAGAAUCAGGGCAGCUUAUGCAAGACGGGAUGGUAGGAUUCAGUCAAGGUACCACACACAGAGGUGGCCUGUCUGGAGCACAAAGCAUGAUGAUCAAAGAGAAAACAGUAUUGUCUAGUGCAGGAUCACAAGAUGGAAUGAUGGGGCUGAAUGGACGAUCUGUUCAACUGGGUGAUGUAACUGGCUCUCAAAAAGUCUAUGUGAAGGAGAAGAUUGUCUCCUGUGAAAGCGUGCAAGGAACUAGUUCUGGGUAAAACAGUUAUCCACCUUGAAGAUAAUUCAGGUUUUCCAUUUCGCCUUUACAAACUGUAAGGUUCUUUUUCCUCUGUUGGUGCAAAAGCAAACCUAAUUUUUCUUAGAAGCGACAUUGCUGCUUGCUGCAUAGCUGCGUUAAUGUUCAGUGCCUGUGGUUGAAAGUUAAAAGGGCUGUUGUGUUUUAGAGCACAUAUUUUAAACAUGCUGUAAAUGUAAAUUGCAGGUACUUGUAUAAACUGUUGGUUUAAAGGACUUAAAAGGAUAGAAAAUAAGAGUAUUAUCAAGUUGAUAAAGUAAUGCAUGUGUGCAGUAUACGUUGGGUAGUGUGUUUUUGUCAGUUAUGAUUUGCUUUCUGGCCAGUCAUUGACUAGUGUCUUGCCAGGAAAGAGCAGUCCUGGUGUUCUCAGUCCCUGCUUGUGGUCUGGGCUUCCAGGACAGACUCGGACAAGCUGCAGCCCUAACUAGCAAAAGAGGUUUUCUGAUAGCAGGUGGCUUUGCUUUGAGAUCUUUUGAAUGUUCCUUAUAAUUGCUCCUGGUGUAUUUGUACUGUAUUUGGCGGAGGCUUGUGUUUAUAAUCAAAUCAUUUGGAAUUAUGAUUUUUAUAUCGUGACACGUGAAUACCAUCAUGUCAGGCGAUAAAGCUGAAGAGCUGAAGUAAGGAUUUUUGUUUUCACAUCAUAUAUAGGAGGGGACCUACUUUAUUCACCAAUGAAGAGCAGCAUCCGCCUGGGUGACUUGUGGUAACCCUUUGUGAUGCUGAUUAAUUACUUCUUGCAUUUAUGUAGCACUCUCCAUCCCAAAAAACCUUGGAGCAUUUUACAUAUGGGAAAGGACGUACAACAUCCACCUCAGUUGCAGUGCACCCAGCUGAGUGGUAUUGCAGGAGCAUUGCGCCAGCAGCCCCACCUUUCGACACAGCAGGUAAAGAAGUGAGAAGCUGUUUUAGUGGGUGAAUGAAGGGGAAACAUUAGGAAGACUGCAUUUCACAAGCCCCCAGUGAUAUUUUUCUCGGAUCCUGGCUCACACCUCAGUUCACACUUUUAGUUCGCACCUGUAGUGAUCAGUGGGUUCAUUGGGUCAUUCAGAGGACAGAAGAUAUAGAAGCAGCUGCUCCACUAGUUAGGCUUGUUUUGGUUGGCAGAGAAAGUCUCUACCUGAAAUCACAUCCCCCUUUCAGGAUCCCCACUAUGCCUAUCAAGUAGUAAAGUGAGAAAUUACAUCACCCUUUGAGAUAAAGAUGAUAUGUAGUUAGCCUAUUCUAUUCAAUUCAAUUUAUUUUUAUAUAGCGCCUUUCACAACAAGGUUGCCCCAGGGCGCUUAACAAUGCAAGUGAUC